AGGAGGAGGGGUGUAGACAGAAAGAGAGAGAGCCCGAGCAGCCUCUCAGAUCUCGGCUGUGGCGAGGACACCCAGGAGAAGUGCAUUCCUGAGGCAGCAAGCGAGGGGAGAAGGCAGCAAAGAUAGAGCAGAGGAGUCGCGACAUCCUUUUAAAUCUCUCCGCGACCACGUCAGACUGCCUCUGACCUCCGGACUCUGGACUCGCACGCUCCUCACACACACACACACUCGCUGCCUCGCACGCCAGCCGCACAACCGGCUCUGCUGCUCUGUCACAAGUAAAGGAUUUCCCUACCCCGAGUGAGGAAAAGAAACGGGAGAGAAUUUAAAAAACACAGACAAGACACAGAAGAGAAGGAGAAGAUCCUCUCCCUCGAGUCAGUGCCAUGCGGUGUUGAGUUGAGUUAAGCCAAGCUGAAGUGAUCCGUUUUGAAGACCAUAUUACCCUUCACCCCGUCCCGCCCGGUCCCAGAUGGAGCUCAAAGUGUGGGUGGACGGAGUGGUGCGGGUCGUGUGCGGCCUGUCUGAGGAGACGUCCUGCCAGGAUGUGGUCAUCGCUCUGGCCCAGGCCAUUGGUCAGACAGGCCGUUAUGUUCUGAUCCAGCGUCUUAGGGAUACAGAGAGGCAGCUGUUGGCUACAGAGAAGCCCCUGGAGUCUCUGGCGAAGUUAGGCCAACAUGGCAGUGAAGUUCAGUUCUUCCUGCGCCGUACUGGCCCCAGCAGCAGUGAUGGACCCGGCUCAAAACAGGACAGACCAACUCCAACCCCGCUGCCCAAGCUUCCUGAGCCAGAGCAUUCCAAACGCAGCCAGCCUAAGAAAGCACUCACCUUUAACCUGGGGCCAUCCACCUCUCCUAAAACCAAACAGUUUAAGAGGUCUCCUCGGGACUCUCCGGAGCAAAGAGCCUCCCCUUCCCCUUCUCCCAGCCCCUUAUCCCCUCAUGUGCCAUCCCCAUCUCCGUCACCAUCUAUAGGCCCAUCCAAAGAGGAGGUCUUUAGGAAGGUUCUUCAGCAACAGGAGAGACUGAGGGCUAUGGAGGCCCAACUAGAAGCGCUAGAGAGGGAGUCGCAUACCUGGGAGCGUCCAUACCCGUCUCCGUGUCCUUCGCCGGUUUCCGACGCUCACUUGCAAGAAGAGAUAGACGCUCUGGAGCUGGCGUUGCGAAGGAACCAGGGCGAGCUCGCCCACGAGCAGCACUGGGAGGAGGAGCUUCAAGUGGAGUCGGAGAGGGAGCGAGGGAUGAGGAGGGAGCUGGGGGAGCUCCACGCCAAGCUCGACGAUUGCGGACGGCGGCUCCACGAGUUCUCCGUUCGCUCCGCUCAGCUGGAGCAGGAGAUCCAGCGGGAGAGCCAGGCGGAAGGGAAAGCCCCCGGACCCGAAGAAUCCCUCGACGUCCUGAGGGUGGAGCUCCAGAGCCGGGAGAAGCACGGGACGGAGCUUGAGGAGCGACUAACUGAGACUGACAAGGCUCUGGGGAAGGCAGAGUCUCUGAUGCAGGCCAAACAGGAGGAGCUGGAGGAGCUGAACAAGGAGCUGAGGCAGUGUAACCUGCAGCAGUUUAUUCAACAAGCAGGUGUCCUGCCGGCGCACACCCACUCACGCACAGAGCUCCAGGAGCAGCUGGAGCAGUUAGAGCUGGCACAUCUUCUGCAGGAAGGAUACAGGAACGGAGGCCACGGUGUAACUGAAAUGGAAUCGCCGCCUCGCCCCACUGCCAAACAGUUCCUGGGACAUCCACGCAACCUGCAAAACCCUCUAGUGUCCAGUCUCAACCCUGAGGUCCUCACAUCCCGAGAGUCGUCAUGGAGAUAAAACAUGGACCGCAGGGCCAAAGGAAAGUUGUUCACUGUUCUGUCACCGUCACCAAUUAUUUAACCCCUCUCUUUGUAACCCAUUAUUUAAUCGAAACCAUGAUAUACAUACUGUAUAUACAUAAGACAAAUAUAUUUACAGAGUUUUGCUACUGUAAACACUGCAACGUAUCUGUAUGAAAUGUAAAAAAUAAUUUAGAAACCUUUUACCUAGAGCAAUUAUUACUAUGACUGUGUAUUUAAAUAUAAUAAAAAAUGUGCAUUGUGUUUUAGAUAA